AUGGUCGUAUACUCCUUUUACAUCUUCGACCGGCACACGGAAUGCAUUUACUCAAAAACAUGGCUCCCCGCCGAACGCCCGACGUCCCAGCCGCCCCUGCCCGUUCCGGGCACGACUCCCAGUUCGGGCGGACCGCCGUCGCAGCAGCUGCGCAGAAGCCAGGUCAACUCGGCUAAGGAUGACGCCAAGCUCAUAUUCGGCACCGUCUUCUCGCUGCGCAAUAUGGUCCGCAAGCUCGGCGGCGACGACGACGCCUUCAUUAGCUACCGCACCUCGGCCUACAAGCUGCACUACUACGAGACCCCCUCGAAUCUGCGAUUCGUUAUGCUCACUGAUACGGCAACCUUGAGCAUGCGCAACGUGCUACAUCAGAUUUACAUCAACCUCUGGGUUGAAUACGUUGUCAAGAACCCCCUGUCGCCUGCCGAGCACAAGGGCGGCGAGGGCGUCAAGAACGAGCUUUUCGAGCUGGGUCUGGACCAGUUCGUUAGGGGCUUGAUGUGA